GAGGAUUGUCUUGUUUCUGUGCUGACGCAAAAUCACUUGACAAAGAAAUCACCGAGGUCCUUUUAUCCACCAUGAAAAACUGUAAGAACAAAGACGCCCAGAAGAACCUCAAUAGCAUAAUCAGGGACUUGGCCAAUAAGCAGCCACUGGACAAAGCAUUCCUGCAAAAGAUGGGACCUUCUGCAUCCGCCCUCUCCAGCACGCAGAUUGCCAACAUCAGCGACCGAGACAUCCCCGACAUCAUCUCCGACCUGGGCCGAGGGAAAGACUGGUCAAAGCAAAAGUCCAGGAUUCUGGUUAAGAAGUUCCUGAAAGGUGGAGGAAAGAUCUCCUCAAGCUCUGAUCUGGAGAAGUUGGGAAGUCUGGUGAGUGGGCUCAACAGCAGAGUGCUUCGCAAUGUGAGUGGGGUGCAGCUACUCCAGGCGGUCAAGGAAGGUCUGGAGAAGGAGGCCAAAGAGAUGUCAUCCUUCCAGAGGAAGACCAUUGUAGAAACGAUCCUGGAAGGGGUGAACAGUACGGCUGCCCUUGAGUCUCUGUCGGGAUCACUGGUGAAGGAACUGCCCCUCCAAGCUAUCAGGAGCGCCAACGUCAGGAACCUGCACAACCUGACUGAGAAACCCUGGACCAUGAUUCAUGCUCUGUACCUGUGCAAAGUUGUCUUGAAGGAUGGAUCCAUGUCAGCCAGUAAAUUCAGCCAGCUGGGGCCCCUGACUCAGGGUGUGACCUGUGAGAAGCUUAAGACCUAUGGUGACCGGUUUGGCAUGAAGAUGGGCCUGGCACUGAGGAACACCACAUGGCUGUCAAGGAAACAGUUGAUGUGCGCAGGGCAGAAGCUCCAAGACACCAUCCGGAACCUGCCAGCAAAUGCCAACGGCCAGGCAGUGGAAACCUUAUCAAAGAGCAUUCCUAGUUCAGUCCUGCUUUUCCUGGGGGAAGAAUCCUUGACCCGUGUGUACGGCAACAACUGCAGCGGUUUCCUGGCACAGAUGGCUGAGGCAAAGCUGGAGCUGCUGCCGCGAAGUUCCCCCGUCCGAGGGGCACUGCGGGAUCGUGCACUGCGCUGCCUGAAUCUGCCAGUAUCGGCUCUGAACGGAACGGCUGUGGCCCAGCUCGGAGCGUUGCUGUGCGAAUUCACGGGACAGAACAUCUCGGACCUACCGGAAGCUGCCUUCAACGCCUCCAUCCCACACUUCUGCAAGUGCAAACAAUUCCACCCAAGUGCAGCCAGUAGCCUGCGUACUAGGCUGCUUGAAACGCUGGGAGCUUCAUCUCAGUGGACGGUGGAGGUAGUGACCUCGCUCGGCUCCAUGAUAACCCUGCUAGACGAGCGCACCGUGCUACAGCUACCCAACACGAGUGAUAUUAAGGAAGCUCUGUCGGAGUUCGUGGCCUCCCAGCCUAAACAGAGCACAGGCACCUCCACCGAAUUCCUGACCGGAUUCAACCUCUCUAACGUUGAGAAAAAGAUCUUCCAGAUCCUCAGGGAGGAGUCAACAGCGGCAGCGGCUAGCUCACGCAGGAGACGGGCAGAUUCCUGCACCGUGCUGCCGAGCACCGAGGAAAUACGGGAGCUGGGGGAGGCCAACAGCCAGUGGAGCACGGGUCAGCUGGCGUGCAUGACCACCCAGACUUUCGCCGACUCAGUCGAUAUACUGGGGACGGUCAGCGGUUUCUCCCGAGAGCAAUGCUUGGCUCUAAAGAACAAGGCCAUUGAGACGUGGGGCGCAGUGUCCAGUUUCAGCCCUGACAACAUCGCGGCCCUGAACUGCAUCCUGACCAUGAUGUCCGCCAGCGAGCUCCGCUCCAUGGACCUGGGCACCAUCGAUACCCUGGCCGCCGUCUCGGCCUGUCCCACCUGGACCCAGGAGCAGCGGAAGGCUGUUGUGGAAAGAUAUCUGGCGCUCAGCGGGACCACUGCGGCCUCGUUGGGAUCCCUCGAGCUCAUCGGCCUGGGGAGCUUUGCCUGCGCCAUGAACGCGACCUUCAUCUCACAGCUACAGCAGGAAGAAUUCAGAGUAGCAGCUGGGAGCCUGGGGCAGCAGGCGUGUGGCCCCGAGACCCUGGACGCACUGAAGGACAGAGCAGUGAAUGUUUUCGGCCCCAUCACCAGCUGGGAGGCGGAGGACAUGGCGGAGAUGGGCGCUAUCGUUGCUGGAGCGAGCGCUGAGGAGCUGAGCGAGUUGGAUCCAAAAGUGAUGCCCUUCAUCUGCAGCCAGGCUGUGAGCCUUAUCCCACCCGACAGGUUCAAGGCCCUGAGCGUGUCCCAGCUGAAGACUCUCUCUCCAGAGGGUGCAGCCGCCGUGACUGAGGCUCAGCUGGACCGAGUGAGUGAGCAGCAGCGGGCUGCUUUGAAGGAGGCGCUAGGGAUGCCAAUUACCAUGAAGGCCUCCAUGCCGAUAGUUCUGUCACACUCACCGCCUCUGGGAUCCCUCGGGCUGUCCGCCAUGACUCGGGCCCUGCCGGCGUUGCUGCUGCUGGUCUGGAGCCUGCGGGAGUUUCCCUGAUCCCGCAUCCCUGUCCGCCCACAACGUGGUUCAGCUGUCCCACAGGGCUAUGUGUGAAGAAAAUUUUAGUGACAGCACAAGGCUUUUGAAAACUAAAUUAUUGCUGAUUAACGAGCUCUAACCGCGAAUCACGUCAGAGAUCGCUGUAGUGACCGAUGCUGCCUGUGCA